AUGCAAAGUUUUUUAAAGGCUCCUAAAUUUGAUAAACAAUUUUUUUAUAAACCGCCCACUGACUUAUACCAAGAAUUUUGUAAUGCCUAUGCUUAUUCUGAGCAGGCAGCCCAUUGUAAUAUCAUCCCAAACAAACAAAAAGUAGAAAAAAAUUCGGGGCAGAAUGAAACUAUUAUUCGUGAGAAAAUACAAGCAUAUUUAGCUACUGAACCUUAUAUAAUCCGUUCAUAUCAAAGAAUAAUGAGACCGCCACCGACCAAUUUUGUCCAAACCUCAUCUAUUUCCAUGCCAAGUUCUUUACGAACAUCCAUUAAUAAAAGCAUUACGGCAAAGAAUGCAAGAGCGCAAAAUGAUGCAAUUGAAAAGAUCAAAGAAGCGACCCAACAAAUAUUGGA